AUGGCAUCACCAUCUGGCCAGUUUAACUGUGACGUUUGUGGAAAAUCUUUUGAUGUCAAGAGAUACUUGGUCAAACAUGAGAAGCGUAUGCAUUCUGAUACUUCCAAAAAAAAAGAACCUGUUGUUGACUUAAAAUGUUCGAUGUGCGGAAAGGCUUUUCCCAGGAUAUCUCAUCUACAGCGUCAUCAAGUAACUCACCUUAACAUUCGGGAAUUCAAAUGUCCCUUUUGCAAACUGCAAUUUGUACAAAAAGCUCACCUUAUUAGGCAUGUUAGUCGAUUCCAUGCAACGGAAGAUAUUAAGAGUUUGAAUGAUUUCAUAUCAACUAAGAGAAUCAAAAAAGAAAAAGAGAAAAUGACGCCUAACGAUCAAAGUUUUUCCAUGCCAUCCACUUCCUCGGACACUUCAACAUUCUGCGGAUCCCUACUGGAAUAUUUUCUUUGUUUUCGAUGUGGUCAGCUAUUCGACAACAGAUUUGAUCUAACUCGACAUUUGAAAAUUACGCACAAGCCAUUAGUUUGCCACCAUUGUAAUUUAAUAUUUUACGGAAUCGAGUCGUUGAAGUUACACGAGUUGAAGACCCGAAACUUGUUUUAUAAGUGUCAUUGUGGCUCUUCUUUUAAUAAAAAGGAUACUUUCGACCGUCAUCAGGAUGCCUGCGCUGGCAAAGGAACGUUCAUCUGCAUGGAGUGCGGACAGGUGUUCGUACAAAGGACUCAGUUUGAUCGCCAUUACAAUAAAGAACAUUUCCUCAACAGACAGUGUCAUUUGUGUGAAUGGAAAGCUGUUUCACCUGUUAGCAUGCACAAACAUAUGAAAGACGAACAUGAGAAAGAUUGUUGCGGAUUUUGCGGCAAAUUAGAUCCUGAGCGUAAUCACAUAUUUAUUUACCAUUGGAAAAGAGUGAAAAAGUCGAUUUCACUCAACAAGAAAGUUCGGGUUCCAGUUGUUUCAAAUAAAACCUUACAAAAAGAAACAAAAGUGGAGAGUGAAGAAGACGAAGAUGAAACAGAUGCAUUUUCCUAUGAUUGUGAGGCAGAUGUCGAAACGUCCAUGUUUCACAGCGAAAUCGAUGGAAAUCACUUGGAAGAGACAACAAAAGAAAAGAUUUUCUUGAGUGAAAAUCAAUAUGAAUUCAUUAUGGCAAACAAUCAAAAUGUAUCAAAGAACUCCACGAAUGACAGUCUUCAAGUGGACUUAAAAGAAGAUGAAGGAUUGGAUCAAUUCGCUGACUCGGAGCUAUUUGAGAAAGCGUCGACUAACACCUUGGAGAACGAAAUCAUCCUCAACUUAAUCGUUUCCGUUUCUGAUGGGGCUGAAGAAAUUAAUUUGGGAGAGAAACUUCCAAGCGAAUUGCUAGAAACCUUUCCCGAUUUGAGAUCAGCAGUCAUUCUCUUGAAUAACAGCUUCCCUGACAAAAGAUUUCUCAACCUGAGCAUUCCCAUGCUCCCUCCUAUAUGUGAUACGGAUUUAACAAAAUGGCUUUCAGCACCAAUUCAGGUCUAA